AUGAAAAAAAGUUUGGCUGAAGAUCAGCUAGCACUUUUUGUUUCCUUUUGUGCUUUGAGAUAUGCUGUUGAACAUGUUGAUACUAAGCCUAUACAUGAUUUUCAAUUUACUUUUCGUAUUUAUUUUAAUAUGGAUUUGGAUGGAAGUAAAAGGGAAUGUAAUACUUGUGGUAAUAUUGUUCACCUAAUUGAAAGAGUAACUCUAAUUGGACGUAUUUGGCAUAGAGCUUGUUUAAAAUGCUCUUUGUGUGGUCGACAACUUUAUAGGGGUGCUUUUUAUUUACUUCAUUUUUCCGAUGCCUCAAUACGUUUGGAAUGUGUGGAACAUGGAGCUAACGCUAUUUUGUAUGGGGACCCUAAACACAGACUAGCAUUACCACCACCUUUACCUCCUCCACUUCCAAUCACUUCUUCACGUUUAUCAUUUAUUGGAUCAGAAAAUAUGUUAAAUAAAAGAGCCUCCUCACUACUUUCUUUGUCUUCGCCUCCUCCCCGGCCUCCACCUCCACGUCUUCCAAGUAUAGAUGCAGUCAAAAAACAGACUAAAUCAAACAUAUCAGAAGAAAAAGAUUUAAAGGAUACUUCUACUUCAAAAGAGGAAGAAGAAAGCAUUGAAAGCAAAAUUGCUUUAGCCGCGGCUGCGUGUCAUGAUGCUCCGAUCCCUAAACCUCGUGUAUCGUUGCAACAAGCCUGUAAUAAACAACAGCAACAAAAAAAUGGGGAAAAGACUUGGGAGAUAUUGGAAUACCCUUCAGAAUUAAACCCAUUUGGUUCUGAUGAUGAAGAAGAUGAGGCAGAAGAAGAAAAAGAUGAAGACAAAUCUCUUAAGGAAUCCAAAGAAUCUCAAAAGGAAAAUUGUGAUAAAAAUGGUAAAGAGACCGAGAAAAGGCCAAUUUCUGUUGUUAAUCCAUUUGAUGAUACUGAUGAAGAGGAGGAUUUAAAGGAAAAUGAAGAAAUGAAGGAAUCUUUAUCUUGUUCACCUUUGCCCAAGAUUGAGGAAGAAAAAUCUAAAGAAGAAGAAUCAAAUCCUCAUUCACCUAAUAAUCCUUUCGAUAAAAGCGAUGACAAAACUGAGGAGGAAGAAGAAAAAUAUUCUCCAAAAGUUAAGCAACGCCAACAACAAAAUAUUCAUUCACCUCCCCCACCUCCCCUCCCACCUUCUUUUACACCUCAAAAUCGCCCUACAAGUGAAAUUAUUUCUUCUACAAUUUGUGCAUUCCAAUCAAAUAAUAAUCAAAAUAUUCCUCAAAAAUCGCCAAAUAAUUUAUUUGAGAAACCGAAAUGUUUUCAAGUGGGGGUUUUAUUAAAGAAUCUCAGUCUUACUUUCUCUCUAGAUAUCCAAAUCUCUAUCUUAUCCCCUCAACUAUAUAGAUAUCUCCAACUUAUCCCAGUAUGUUCUCAUUUUUUCUUUCAUUUUCCAUUACAACCUGUCUCAGUUUCCCAGAUAUCUAUCCUGAGUGUGGAUGCUCAGUAG